GACUAGUUGCCACCUCAGCGUAAGGCCAAAACAGAUAGACAGACAACAUUCACACACUAGGGCCAAUUUAGUGUUGCCAAUCAACCUAUCCGCAGGUGCAUGUCUUUGGAAGUGGGAGGAAGCCGGAGUACCCGGAGGGAACCCACGCAUUCACGGGGAGAACAUGCAAACUCCACACAGAAAGAUCUAGAGCCUGGAAUUGAACCCAGGACCGCAGGACCUUCGUAUUGUAAGGCAGACGCUCUAACCCCUCUUCCGCCGUAAAUGCAUUGGUAAAUUUAGUUAUUUUUUAUUUGAACGUGUGGGUGCUGUCGUGCUAACUGGAGCACCUCAGCUAAAGUCCACCAACAAUAAGCAAAUAAAGAAUAUAACUGAUACAUUCCAGCAGAGUUUUUUUAUGGAAGAUAUUCGUCCUAGGCAGCAAUGACAAAAGUGCUUCAUCACAAUAUAGAGACAGACACAAGUUUACAGGUGUGGUUGUGCAUACCGGCGGGCGGUGGAAGUCAGCGAAUCGAGCACACCCCACAGUAAGAACACCACCAGCCCCUACCCCCACCCCCCAAACUCCCCGCUUGGCGAGGCGCGUUCAUGAGACGUGCUCGUGAGGAGGAGGAAAGUUUUGCAGAAGAAAAGAAAAAAGUUCCUGAAGACUCCAAUCUUUUUUCUGUAGCAUGUUGACGCAGGACAGCAGGCUGCAUUAAAUAAUGGCGGCGUGUCGUAGGAAUGUCGUGGUGAUGGUCUUCCUGCUCUGGGCGGGACUUGACACACACGUGCAUGCCUGCGAGUGCGUGGGUCCAUGGCUGAGGGAAGAGGAGGCGGGGCUUCUGGCGUCUCCAUGCUACCCCCAGCAGUACCCCAACUCUCAGAGUUGUAGGUGGCGUCUACAGGCCCCUCCAGGCUUCGUGGUUCAACUGACCUUUGUGGACUUCCAGCUGGAGGAAGCGCCCGGCUGCGUGUACGACCGCGUGGCCGUGCAUGGCGGGGGCGGCCGCGUGGACCUGUGCGGCCUGACCGCGCACGGCCUCACGCUAAAUUCCAGUGGGAACGUCAUGGACGUGGAGUUCACUUCAGACUUCAGCGUGCAGAAGAAGGGCUUCAGGGCCAUCUUCCGCCAUGUCGCCGUGGCACUGAGAAACCUAAAGGUCGGUGUCGCCGGUGGCAACGGCCAAUUUGCCACAGUGUCGUCUUCUGUUGCCAUGCCGACACUGCACCACCUGACUCUCUGCUUUGACCUGGAGCGCAGCGGACACCAGCAGGUGGAGUGGAUAUUCACUUAUAAAGGCGAAGAUGGCAACACGACGUUAGCGCUGGGCGGCGACCAGAGUGGUGUAAAGCUGGUGGUGGGCGGCGUGACCUGCUUGCUGGACUCCAUCAUGACGCCAGCCGACUGGAGCGUGUCCAUGAAGAACAUGUGUCUCCUCUGGUCGUCAUCCAACGGCCGCGUGGGCAUCUUCUUGGAGGGCAACCAUAGGGUCAAGACGUGCUCCGCUUCCACUGGGAUUUCCGUGGCGGGGGGCGGGACCUUCCGCCUAGGAGGGGUGCACAGCUUUGAGGGGAACGUGUACAACAUGCGUUUGUGGGACUACGCCAUGACGGUGCAGCAGCUCAGCGCGCUCAAAUGCCACGUGGCGGGAAACAUCAUCGACUGGGACAACACUUUCUGGGACAUUCCGUCCACGCUGACCCAGAAGGACCACUCACUCAGCUGCAGUGUCUCAUCGCCUAGCAACACCACCCUCAACACUCUGUGUGACUCCAUCCGCCUGGGAUGUCCAGCUCCACAGACAGAGUGGCCCCUGCUGGCCACCACCACUAACAACACCCCCACUAACAUGACAAGGCGUGAGGUCGUCUUCUACAAGCUGUCUUUAGUGGUGAAUGAUGAGAGCGCCACGCUCACUCAGGCUGACGUAGAAGAAGUUGUGUCCUCCUGGCUGAACCAGACCUUCCAGAACUGGACUCACUUGGUCUUUGUAGACUCCGUCAGUGUGCAGUCGGUGCUUGUGCCUGGAGGUCUCUCAAGCUUCACCUCCCGUGCUCUGCUGCUUCACAAUGACAUCACUGAUCAGAGCCCCGGCCCAGAUACCUUGUCCGCCAGAAUUUCCAGCAGGCACGCUCACAUCGGCGCCGGCCUGGGGGUCCAUAAAACCUCCAUUCAGGUCACCGCCGUUGACACAUGUCCAGAGGACAACACCGUCCACUACCGCUGGCCUGAGACUCGUCCCAGCAUCACUCGCUUGCUGCCGUGCUUCCCCAACAAAGAGCGUAGCGCCGCCAGGAAGUGUUUGAUGGACCGCCACAACUUCUCAUCCUUCUGGUCGCCCACCGACUUUCACAACUGCACCGACAUCGACGCAAUCCAGGUUUCAGCAGAGAAUGCGGCCGCGGUCGCUGCGCAACUGGCCGCCAUCGCCAACAACCAGCUGUCCAAAGAGGAAGUUUCCAAAGUAGUCAGCAAGGUCAAGCAGCUGGUCCAUGUGGCUAAGAUCAACACCACCUUGGCGUCUGCAGUCAUAACCGUCAUCUCCAACGUCAUGAGCAGCCCCCACAGUGCCCUGGCUCCCACCUCCGACAGGGCCCUGAAGACGGUGGAUCAGCUUCUUGACAAAUUGGAGUUUGAGGGUUCGUCGGUGAGCAUCACAUCCAGACGUCUGUCUUUGGGCGUAGUGUCCUUCAACGCAUCCACCUUCAAUGGGACGUCGUUCAGCGCCUUCAUCCUGCCAAACGCCACCGACCCAGAGAUUGACUUUGAAUCGGAGCGGACUGAUCCACUAGCUCAAGUCACGCUGCCGGCGUCGCUGCUGACCGGCGCAUCCUUCAGCGAGGCCCGCAUUAACUUUUUGUUCUUUCGCAGCACCAACCUCUUCCAGAGCGAGCAGGACGGACGCGCGCUCAACAGUUACGUGGUGGCCAGCAGCGUGGGAAACUGGAGCGUCAGCGACUUGAGCGACCCCGUCCAGAUCGAGAUGGUUCAUCUGUCGCCACAAGCCUUCCUCAAUCCUGUCUGCGUGUUCUGGGACUUCAGCAUGAACUAUGGCGCCGGAGGCUGGAACGCGGAUGGCUGCAGAGUAUCCAAAGAAGCUUCCAGCACUAACAGAACAGUUUGUUUGUGCGACCACCUGACGCACUUUGGAAUCCUGAUGGACAUUUCGGGUGUGUCGCCUCACAUCGACCGGCGCAACAACCGCAUCCUCACCUUCAUCUCCUUCGUCGGCUGCGGCGUAUCUGCCAUCUUCUCAGCUGCCACGCUGCUCACUUAUGUCGCCUUCGAGAAGCUGCGGCGAGACUACCCGUCCAAGAUCCUGAUGAACCUGAGCGCUUCUCUUCUCCUGCUCAACAUGGCGUUCCUGCUCAACGGAUGGUUGUCAGGGCAACGUAGCGAGGCGCUGUGCUUGGCCGCUGCCGUACUGCUGCACUACUUCCUGCUUACGUCGUUCACCUGGAUGGGCCUGGAGUCAGUACACAUGUACAUCGCCCUGGUCAAGGUGUUCAACACGUACGUGCGCAGAUACAUCCUCAAAUUCUGCCUGCUGGGCUGGGGCAUUCCCGCUGUGCUGGUUGGGACGGUGGUGGCUGUAAAUAAGCGCUCAUACGGCCCGCAGGAGUAUGGCGGUGGCGAGUUUGGCGAUGGAUCAUCUGCAUUCUGCUGGAUCCAAAGUCCACUGGUGUUCUACACGGCAUGCGUGGCCUACUUCUGCCUCGUCUUCCUGCUCAACGUUGCCAUGUUUGUUGUGGUCAUGCUGCAGAUCUGCGGACGCAAUGGCAAACGCAGCAACCGUACGCUAAGAGAGGAGGUGGUGCGGAACCUGCGCAGCGUGGUCAGCCUGACUUUCCUGCUCGGGAUGACCUGGUCCUUUGCGCUCUUUGCCUGGGGGCCCGUCAGCCUCAUCUUCGUCUACCUCUUUGCUAUCUUCAACUCGCUGCAAGGACUCUUCAUCUUCUUAUUCCACUGUGCGCUCAAGGAGAACGUGCAGAAGCAAUGGAGACGCUCGCUGUGCUGCGCUCGUUUCCGACUCUCUGACAACUCGGACUGGAGUAAGACGGCAACCAACAACACCAAGAAGGCCACGUCUGAGCAGGCGGUGCAGUCGUUGUCUUCAGGCUCUUUUGGCUCUAGCGCCGCCAACUGGACCUCAAAGGCUAAAGUCACACUGAAGCCUUUCACCCGAAACAACAACACAGAAAGUUGUUGGAGCCAAUAGGAGGACAGAAGGACCAGGGCAGGUGAGCCUGAAAGGCUUCAUGUAGGAAAGGAGGCGGAAAUGAUGACGUGUGAAGCGAGCCUCGCUGCUAAACCACGCGACCAUUUUGGGACAUGGUUGAGAUUUAGCAAGGAGGUUCGACAAUACAUUAACCACCAAAGCUCCAUUGAAAAUCUGGUCUUUAGAGGGUUGCGGUCUGUUUGUAAUCUGGAUAGAGAAAUAAAAAUAGAGUCAGUGAAUAACAGCGCAUGAUAUUAAAUUUGACGGCAAACUUAAUCCAAGCCGUUAACCGCUCCGUGAGCAGUAUGAAUAACACAACAUUUAAACAAAACAAUAUAUAAUGUAUAGUUGUCAGAGCAUUAUUAAGGUAGCGUAAUGGUCUAUGCAUCUACUGUUCAUGCCACAUGACAUGGAUUCAAUUCUCGGCAGCGUCAGUUCGCCAACAUUUUAUAAACAUUACAUUUAAUAAGGGAACACGUUCUGUCUAGUAUUUAUUCUCUUUUAAACAUUCACACAGCACAAAAGCUGGAUGAUGGAGAGGCUGUAUCAAGAAAAAAAAGGAUCUCCUAAAAAUAAAAAGUGAACUAAAUCUCCCCUGUUCUGUACAUCUUUGUUCAAGUUACAUUCUAGUGGCAUCUUCCUCUUUAAGCCCAUAAGCCAUUUUCUCAAAGUAAAAGAAAAACAUUCUACCAUGCUGGCAAAAUACAACGCUCAGUGCAGUAGGAUACACUAAUAUUUAUUGUCAGCAAUUGUCUUACGAGAAAAUUCACUCUGGUGGUGGUAAGCUACUAUAGUCGCCACAGCUGCCCCUGGGGUACAUUGACGGCUUUAUGGGUGCCAUCCUCUGUGCCAUUCCUGGAAAAAAAAGUAUGGGCAGGCAGCUCAGCUCGUUAGUCUUCUCAGCCGUUGCUCGUUGUCAGCCCGACCCCCAAGCGAUUCGAAACGUCUUCUAUGACUUCCAGAUGUUUGAAGACAUGAGGAGCACACCACCAUCAGAAGGGGAAAAAUGCCCGAGUAGCUUGAAAUGCCCUGCCAUCAAGUAGGAAAUAUGUGACUGCUCACUGUGGAGAUAUGCCAUAUGUAACAUGUUAACGCUCCGCCUCUUCUGUAAGGUGGCUUGCAUCACGUCAUGUGACCUUUCCACGUUCUGUUGGCAGAUAACCCCUGGACCAGCCCCUCCUCAGAGGCGGAGCUAAAUAUCCUUCCUGAUGAUGAUUGACCAGGUCAAAGUUUACAACUUCAGUAGACCAGCGCCUGCUCCUAAACCUCUUUAGGGAAGACAUGGAUGCUUCUGGAACAUUCCCCAAAACAAUGUGGACUUCAUGACAUCAAAGAGGACAAAAGGGAGAAACUAUGAUGUCCAUAGCUCGUGGGCUUUUGACCUCUUACGUCCUGUAAACCGUGCCCAGUGCACAUGACGUUUGACACAUCGACGAGAGCAGAAUUACAGCUGUCAUUUCCAAGACAACAAUAGAACGUGGCCAGGACCAUGCAAGCGUUAGCAUUAACACUCUGUUGGCUGACCUUUGACCCCCUUCAAGCUUGUGAAGAUGAAAACUUUUUUCUUACAUUGAAUAAAUACAUAUUUUUCUUUUUA